GACCUGCCUCCUGCUUCAUCAACGCCGAUAAUCACCUUGAAGAGACUUUCAUCGACUUCAAGGACAAAGAACAAACUUAACUGGCGCAGUCGGCAGGAUCGGCGAGAUCUACAACAUCAAAUACUGGACCAGUGGUGAGAAGAUCAAGUCAUUCAACGGCCACCUCCUGCAACUUCGAGAAGACCCCAAAGCAGCCAAGUCCGGCACCGUGGAGGAGAUCCGGAAACGGCAGUGCAUUCAGCAACGGGUGAGCAGGAUUUCUUGCGUCUUUCUCAAGUUGGCAUGGCAGUUGGUGUGUAGAGCUCUUGGUGAGGACACGCGGGGGCGCAGAGACAAUGGAGUCUAAUGGAGUUGAGGGUGCGACUGUGGCGGAAAUGGAUCGGAAUCAGGAGUUAUCAAAUGACGCUAUUCUAAAUUUUGAUAACUCAAAUGAAGUGAGAGCACCCAAUCAGAGCCCGGAAUUAUCGCAGCAGGUAUCUCAGCCUUUGCAAAUUCCAAAUGAUACAAGAAUGCUCGAGCUCGAAGUUCAAAAGCUUCAACUUCAGAUUGAGUACGAAAGGCUGUUGCCGACAAGGACGAGUGCUGAAUGUCUCAAUGAUUCGUUGCCGAGCACUGGGUCUGAGUUGGGCGAUCAGAGGCGGAUGGGUUUCGAUUCCAUCGAGCAAUGCGCAAAAGUGCUGAAAGGGUUCCGCCUGCCGUGUGAUGCGGAUGUACCAUUAUGGUUUGAGGAAGUAGAAAAACUUUUUGCUACGUACAGGGUACCGUAUGAGAGUCGCAUGCAUCUGGUCAUGCCAGCGCUAACUGAACGCAUUCGCUACCUACUGCGUAACCUCAACCAGGAAGAGAGUACAGAUUACAAGUCAGUUAAAGAGGCAGUGUUGAUGGAACUGAAGCUUUCUCCGGCGGAGUAUCUACUGAGGUUUGAGAGAGCAGUGAAGCGUAAGGAGGAGAUGUGGUCACAGUUCGCGUCGCGAGUGAAAACGUAUUUCUCUUACUACCUCCAAGUGAGAGGGGCCGACACUGUAGAGGUGAUGGCAGAACUCAUGGUAGCGGAUCGUAUAAAAUCGGGCCUUGGUAUAGAGGGUCUCGAGUACGUGAGGCUACGAGAAGGCGAGGGAUGGCUUAAGCCACCUGAGAUCGCCAAAGUGCUACAAACGUUUGAACAAGUGAAAGGCAAAGGGUACGCUUCAAAGCCGUCAGCGGCAGACAUGGGGCAAGGGAUGCCCCGAGUAGAGAAAGGCGCCCUCAAAUGUCACUUGUGUCACAGCUCGGGCCAUUUGGCUAAGGAUUGCCCGAAAUCUAGCGAUAAGAUAAAUCAAUCAAAGAGGGCCAUCGAGCCAAGGCAGAGGGUACAAAAGGUGGCGAUUGCCCACGAGACGGUAGGUGAGAUACCUGAGGGAAGUGAGAUUCCUGAUGGAAUCCUUACUGCAAAUAUAAAAGCCGUGAGACGCAACUGUGAAGGGAUGACUAAAGUACAGUUGAUUCCUAUCUCAUGUGGAGAUGUAUCCACAGUUGAGAUUAUGGAUACAGGGAGUGAAAUAACUGUUAUACGGGAGAAUCUGCUUUCGAAAAGUCUCGUGGAGCAGUGAGGCAUGGUAAGAUUGGUGUCUGCUUUUGGAAAAAUUAUCCAGGCAAAACUGGCUACGUUGCCGGUAAGGUUAAAUAGCCCGAAUAUGGCUGCGGAACCCUAAAACGUCGACCUACUCUGUGCGUUGACUAAUGAGCUCAUCGAGGGCACGGAUUGUUUGUUGACCCAUGAAGAUUUGGAACUUUUGUUGAAGGCCAACAGCUCUGUGCCAUCCCGUGGAGCACCGGCCGAGCCUGUCCAUGCGUUAGAACAAUCAAAUGAGCCGGUAAGCCGGUGAAAGGAGUUUCGUAGGGUGCAGCUAGCUAACUCUACCCUAGAAAAGGCUGAGCUGAAAGCCAGUCCAGAAAAGUGUCAAGUUGCACAAGCCCACAUUCAUCGCCUCGGGCAUAUUGUCGGCUCAGGGACGCACGCACCAGAUCUAGAAAAAAUAGAUGCAAUUAAGAAUCCGGUUUCACCGUGCACCAAAAAGAAACUACGCAGCCUGCUAGGACUGUGUGGCCACUAUCGCGAGCACGACCGAGGAUGUGCAGAGGUGGAGAACCGGCUCACGUGGUUAGCAGAGGAAGUGGCACCCAAUCAGAUACGUUGCUUGGAGGAAGCUCAGACGGCAUUUGAGGUUCCGAAACUUUCCCUCUGCGAGUCCGUGGCACUCAGCACUCCGGAUCCAUUUGAGCCCUACUGGCUUUUCACAGACGUAUCAGCUAUGGCUCAUGGAAGCCAUCGUAAUAAUAUAGUGCCAUGCCAACUGGAUGGGCGUGAACGUUCCUGCUCACCUGGCGCUGUAUAUUGUGGACUUUGAGAGUGCCGAUCCAAGACACAGAGACACUAGAGUGCUCUUAUAGCUUGGAACUGCAAUCGUGUGCUUAAUUGUUUAUUGACAUGUAUUGUGUAUUUCUCUUUCCUCUCUUCUUGAUUUGUUAUUUUGCGGGUUGGUUUGUUGUUGUUCAUCUAAUUAGGCCAUGGUGUGGUUAGAAAGUUUGAUUACGCAAUCGCAGCAGUGAUUUAUCGUAUCACUGAGCAAAAAUCAGCCCAGUAUACUCUUUAGAGGGGACGUGUUAGGCCGCGCUUCUAUCGAACAUACAGAUUGGGCGGUGUAGGGCUGCAUGAUUGUUUUGUAUAUAUUGUCGCAGUGCCACAAAUUGCCCACGUGUUUUAUGAAUAGGGAGGCGGUCACUCCCCAGCGCGUCCGGGCAGCAACCGUUUCUGUUUUUGAGGGGUCGAAUGGCCCGUGUGGUGCCGGGUGACGAGUCGCGGCGCGCGCCGGGGGGGGCGCGGUGUGGAGGACGGAUUCGGAGAACGCGGUCUUGCGCGCACUGGGUUGGCAUUCCGCCGAUGGUCAUAAUAGGUCAACGCGGACAAACCUCAAGUGGAACGGCUGUACGCGGUGUUGUGGCGCCGGCCUCCGAGUCCCCUGCGGGCUAGAGACGGCGUCGAGGUUUAUGGCCUAGCAUUGUUGACCAUGUGUUGUGCGUACGGAGCGGGGGUCCACUCCUCUACGCGUCCGGGCGGCAACCACGUGUAUCUUGUUUUGAGCACUGAGAAAAGCCCGCGUGGUGUCGAGUGUCAGCUUGCAGUGCGCGCCAUAGAGGCGCAGUGCGCAUGCGAGGAUCGCGUUCGAAGAACCUCGUCUAGAAAACACCGGGUCCGAAUGCCACCAACGGUCACUAUUUUUCCGCGCGGAAAAACCUUCAGGGGGGACUGCGGUACGCAGUGUUGUGACACCAGCCCCCGAGCCCCCUGCUGGCCAGAAACGCCACCGAGGUUUGAGAUGGCCUAGCAAUAAAUUGUGCGUGCCUGGCGUGUUUGCUCAGGCCGUCACUGACCACGUGGAAAUAGCAGAGGGAAACGGAGUUGCGGAAAGAAGGAAAGCAGGGUUGUUUUCCAAUACAUUUACUUUUAAUUGUAAGCCCAUCCCUUUGGGUUGUGGCUUAAGAAACUUUCAGCUCUCAUUGGCAAUUGCUUCCGUGGGAUGGGCUAACGGUCCUACCGCCCUUUUUCUUUCUCUUUCAUCUAUAACAAUCGAGACGAGGUGCUUGUUCCUCAGUCUAGGCUGUAAUCACUAAACCUGAUAGAUCAGUAAGACUCCGUACGAUAGAAUGCUAGUCUGGGCCGUAACCACUUAGUGGUAGAACAGUGAGACUCGGUUGGUCGUAUGUAGUGACAGUUGUCCUAGGCUCUAACUUAAGAAAAGUAGAAGAGUAAGGCGCUGUUUACUUGUGUGUUUUGAAUCAGUGUUGUCUUGCUAACUCUGCAUUUGUCUGUGUAAAUAUUUUCGUUGCAAUAUAUCCUCAAGUUUUGUUACCUCCAACCUGCCUCCUGCUUCAUCA